CUUUUAACUUCUAUUCACUCCUCUUCUUUAACUCCUAUUUGAUGAACGUGCAGAAGAAAUGGAAAAAGCUGUGAUACACUUUGUCCUCCUGGGAGUCAUCUCAGGUUUAACCAAAGGAGCUGGUGUGCUACAAGACGAUCUUCUGAAUGCAGCUGUGGGAGGAACGGUGAUGUUCACCACAACACUGACUCCACAUGAACACACAAUUCUAACAGUGAGCUGGAUAUAUGGUGGUAUUAAACCUGUUUUCACUUUCACUGGUGACAACAUUACUGAACCAGAGUAUGAAGGCAGGAUCACCUUCUUCAUGUCUACUGGAUCUCUGGAGCUCAGGAAUCUGGCUCUUAGUGACAGUGGAUUCUACAGCGUUAACAUUAUACUAGCUGGACAACCACCCCUAGUUGGGAACACAAGACUGGAUGUAUAUGUUCCAGUUAGUGUUCCAGUGGUAACUGCCAGCAGCACAGACUUGUUGGAGUUCAACAGCUCUGUCCGUCUGUCCUGCUCCUCCUCUGGAUUCUCUCUCUCUUUCCUCUGGUUGAACAGCAGCUCUGAGGUUACAGAGAGUGACAGAGUUCAGCUCACUGAUGGAGGCGCCAACCUCACUGUAAUUAAUGUGACCCGCUAUGAUCAGGGACCUUUCAGGUGCAAUGUCUCCAAUCCUGUCAGUGAGGACACCAGUGAACCAAUAAACCUCUCCAUCAGCUAUGGCCCAGAGAAUAUUAAUUUGACCAAAUCUCCAACACAAGAAUACUAUGCUGAAGGUUCAGACAUCAUCAUGACGUGCUCAGCUGACUCCAGACCUGCUGCUCAGUUUCAAUGGUUUCUGAAUGGAGAGCUGCAGUCUGAUACUGGACCAGAGCUCAGACUGAUCAACAUUCAGAUGAGUUUAACCAAAGGAGCUGGUGUGUUGCCAGACGGCCCUCUGAAUGCAGCUGUGGGAGGAACGGUGAUGUUCACCACAACACUGACUCCACAUGAACACACAUUGCAAUCAGUGAGCUGGACAUAUGGUGGUAUUAAACCUGUUUUCACUUUCACUGGUGAAAACUUUACUGCACCAGAGUAUGAAGGCAGGAUCUCCUUCUUCAUGUCUACUGGAUCUCUGGAGCUCAGGAAUCUGGCUCUUAGUGACAGUGGAGAGUACAGCGUUGACAUUAUAUUAGCUGGACAACCACCCCUACCUGGGAACACAAGACUGGACGUAUAUGAUCCAGUUAGUGUUCCAGUGGUAACUGCCAGCAGCACAGACUUGUUGGAGUUCAACAGCUCUGUCCGUCUGUCCUGCUCCUCCUCUGGACCCUCUCUCUCUUUCCUCUGGUUGAACAGCAGCUCUGAGGUUACAGAGAGUGACAGAGUUCAGCUCACUGAUGGAGGCGCCAACCUCACUGUAAUUAAUGUGACCCGCUAUGAUCAGGGACCUUUCACGUGCAAUGUCUCCAAUCCUGUCAGUGAGGACACCAGUGAACCAAUAAACCUCUCCAUCAGCUGUGAGGUACCUUCCUAA